AUGUCCCCUGCCCCGGCCUAUCUCGGCCUCGGGCUGAUCGCCGCUGUCUCUAUCGGCCUGAUCAUCUAUGCGCACGCACGCCCGGCGCCCGAGCCACUUGCUCCCAUCUCUGUCUGGUACGAGGUGCCCACGUGCAGCAACGCGACAGCCUCGGCAUUGGGUGGGCAGCAGGUCGCAGCACUCACAGCGUGUGCUGAGGUGGCAGAGCAGGGAAGCUCCUGGCCAGGCUACCGAUUGCCCCUCUCCCUCAGCGACGGCUACCUCCCUGGCACGAUCUACUCCAUGACGCUGCUGCUCCAAACCGGCGCGUAUGUUGUGAGUGCCGUCGCCAUCGAAGACGGCCGUGGCGCAGUCUUGAGCCCAGUCACGAAUCUCGAGCUUGGGCCAGAUCUGAACUUUCCGUGGAGGAUCAAGUCGCCCGACAUGGUCGCGCGCUCGCUACCAGCAGUGUCUCUGUCACCGCCGCCAGCGCCAGCACCGCAGAGGCCGUCCUCACCCCCUGCGGCGUGGCGAGCCAAGGUCGACGGAGUUGUGGACCAGUGGAUGGCGGACCAGGGUGGAGAUAGCACGAGUCCACCGGGCAGGCGCGCCUUGAGCGAUGCGGCGCCGCACAGGCGCGUGGCGCAAAAUGAGCUUGAGACGGCCGCCUUUGAGUUUGACGACCUUCUCAGCGAGUGGGUCGACGACUUUGAGGGCGACCUUCUCAGCGAGUGGGUCGAAGACUUUGAGGGCGAGGAGGGCGAGGAGGAGACCUACGGCCGCUCUCCCUAUAUGACGACAUACGCGUACGGGUCGCCCUACUAUUACUCGCCGGCCAUGUUCUACUAUCCUUACGGGAUGCCUUUCUACGUCGGCGGACCAAUGUACCACUACAACGCCUUCUCGCACGCAAUGAUGAUGGGGAUGACAUUGUCCAUCAUGUCAAACAGCCACCACCACCACUACCACGAUGACGAUGGCGACAGUGACUCCUCGACCGGAGAGAGCCGCGGCGAGGUGACACUCGAGCACGCGCAAGACAGGUACGACCUGACGGUUACGUUCACUGCGCCAGCGGCGGACGGUGCCUCCUGGCCGUGCUAUGUGGUCGUGUACAACACAACGGUCUUUGCAGGGCAGGGCACCGUCGCUGCCGCACAAGCAGUCCUCGGGCCGUCGCUCUACGUGUCGUUUGCUCCGGCAGAGGCACCGCCCAAGAAGUCGAUGACACUCGCGACCGCCGGCUACGUGCUACUUGCGCUCACGGCGGUAGGCUUUUGCGCUCUCAGCGCCUUUGGAGGCAGCGAACGCGAGUCCUUCAGCCGCGGCAGCUACAACGGCGGCUCCGUCUACCGAGGUAGCGGGCCGAGCAUGCAUUACGAGCCCAAGUUCGGUGGUGCGGGUAAAGGGAUGCCCACCGGAUCGGCUGCUGCUUGGUGA